UGGACUAAGCGGUAGAAGAUGGAUGGAUAUUGUAAAUUAUUUGGAAUUUAGAAGUUGUUUUUUAUUUUUGCGGCACUUUAAUUUAUCACUUUAAUGUGCAUAUACUGUGCAGUUCACACAGAUAAUGUGACUAAUUCACAUGUAAAUGAGUUAUAAUCAGCUGGUUGGAGGCAGUUUUUGUUUUAUUUAUUUAGUUUGGAUUUUUAGCCCCACUGUGACCCUUCAUUGGAGUAAGCGGUUGCAGAUGAGUGAGUGAAUGAGUGAGAGUUUGGAUUUUUAAGGGUUGAAGAACACAUGUAUUGACAGAAGCAUGUGCUCUGCUGAGUGCCACUUUGUAGUGAAAUUCUGCAGCAAUAAAGAAAAGUUAUUAUUUUUGGAGUAUCUUGCCUUUCUUAUUGUUUUCUAAUCACACUGAAGAUUUUUGUGCAGUUUUAUUUAUAUAUUGGUUGAUCGGUAGAUUCAUUUUGGGGUAAUGUUGGGGUAAUGUCACUAUAAGUGUUGACAGAUUUGACAUAUGUCAAUUGACUAUUUAAGAAGCACAGAAUCAUCUGAAUCAUAGCUGAGGUAAAGAAUGUGAAACAAUGCAAUACACAGCAUUGUUUUAAUUCUACAGACUCAAUGAUUCAUUGUUAGAGAAUAACACUAUAUGUGUCUGUCUUCAAGGCACAAAAAGAGAGAUAAUAUUAAAGUACAGCUUUAUAAAAGUAUAAAAUGCACAGUAAGAAUAUAGGACCAAAAUACUAAAAUAUAUUUGUAAUUCUACACCCUUUAAAUACACAAAAUCUGGGAGGAUUGUGGGAAAUUUAUAACUUCUGAACGCAAUUCAGCUCAAGCCUGUUCGCCUUAAAUGCAUAGCUUUAGCUUCGGUUUUCAAAACUGAUUCAAGAUCAGCAGAUUCAGUGUUUUUGUAUUGCAUCCGCCCCCUAGCGUUCACACCGAAAACUACAAGUGGCUCCAAACAGAAGGGGGCGGAACGACUCUACAUACUGUGUAUGAAAAAUGUUUAAUAUACAAAUAUUCGAAAGGAAAUCACUCAAUAACUGCGCAUUUGUGGCGUAGGUUUCACUUAAUUUAUGCACUUUUACAGUCAAACGUUGUGCACAACAUACCGAACAAACCGGAAACAAACGUCUCCAUGGAAACAGACGGAAACACGCUUCUAUUUGUUUUAUGCUUUUGUGUUUUUUCCCUAGAAACAUGAAUGGCGGCUGCAAGACUACAGAUUUUGCACGACUGCAGGCAGAACUUGAACAAGAGAAGGAAAUGAAAGAAACGCUUGAAGAGUCUGUGUCUGACCUGCAGAGCACUAUGUGUGAGCUGCAAGAAAGACUGAAAAGUGUGGACGUAGAAGGAAAUGAGUGGAAGACACGGUACGAGACACAAAUAGAACUAAACAGACAGCUGGAAAGGCAGAACUCAGUCAUUCAUGAGAGACUGGAGGACCUACGAGGAAACCCCAUAGAUCGACUGGCCUCCAUCCGAUCUUAUGAUGAGAUGCCAUUAGAUAUACUGAAGCAGCGACUGAAGCUCCUAACUGAUGAAAAAUUGGACCUUCAGAGUCAGCUGAUGGAUUACCACCACAGAAUACAACAAGAAGGAAAGGCAUUUCUCAAAACCAAUGAUGAGAGGCGAGCAUAUCUAUCAGAAAUUGCUAAGCUGUCCUCCACCCUUGAAGUAACCAGGAGGCAAUACACCACACUUCUACAGGAGGAGCCAGUGAGCAAACACAGGAAAGGGAAGCAGACCAGCCAGAGGACAGAGACUGUUACUAAGAAAGCAGGAGAGGGAGGAGAAGACGGAAGAAUGAGCGUGAAAGGAGAAGGAGGAGGAGCACACUCAGAGAGAAAAGAUGUGAAGGGAAGCAGGUCGCCAACCUUAAAGCAGUGAAACACUGUUUCAAAGCUCAUGUUUUAGAUUUGUGUAAAAGGCAGUCAUGUUUCUAGGGAUGCUGUAAUGAUUACAGUCAAAUCACAGCAUAUUUAUGUGUUUUUAUUGUUUUAUGAUAUCAAAUCAAAAAGUAGAAAGAAACCUGUUUAUAUAAGUUAAAAAAAAACCCUUUUAGUAUGAAAAUAAGAAACAAAUCUCUGUACCAUGAUUUACCAAGGGUUUCUUGGUGGCUUCCCUCACUCAUUUCCAUGCACAGUCAUUUGGUUUUCGAGGUCAGUCUGCUCAAAGUAGGUUUUCCAUACUGUGUCAUAUGCUUUCAUUUUUUUAAAUAAUUUGAUUUAAAGUGAUUGUUUUGUGGAAAAACUCCUCUUACUUACCAUUCUCAGUUAAAUAUAGUUACAUUUAAUACCAAGCAUGCCCAAAUAAUGUUAUGUCUGUGCCUAUAAAAAAGUGUUUCUGUUGUAAGGGAUGUUUGAAAUGGGAAUGCUGGAAAUGUUUUUGUA